AUGCAGUUCACGCGACGGUUCCAGGUCGGCGCGGAGUUGGGCAAAGGCGGUUUCGGGCUGGUGAACAAGUGCAGCGAUCUUACCGGCGAGAUGGGUUCGCAGCCGCUCGCGGUGAAAACCAUCGAUAAAGUCGCGAUGUACGAGGAGUGCGAGAACGCGGGGCAGCUGAUGGAGAGGCACCGCGCGUUGGAGCGGGAGGUGAAGAUUCUAGGGCUACUGCGCGACCACCCGAAUAUCGUGCAGGUGAGGUGGGACGGGCCGGGGAGCGGGGGAGGGUUGAGCUGGGAAGAGGCGGGAACGGGGGAAUUGGAGGAGGUGGAGAGCGAAAAGUGGAAAGGGUGGGGGGGAGUGAAGAAAGUUUACAACACUAAAGACAGGUUCCGCGUGGUAAUGGAGCUCUGCGACGGCGGCACUCUAAAGGAUCACCUUGUAAAGCAGAUGGAGGCCGGCACCGCAGCCAGGAAAAAAAUCAAGCUCGGAUAUUCAGGCGGGUUGCCCGAAAAGGAAGCGGUCGACGUGUUUCGGCAGCUAGUGGAAGCAGUGCAGUACUGUCACGCCAAGAGCGUGGUGCACCGGGAUAUAAAGCUUGAGAAUGUGCUGCUGGCGCUGAACCAGAGGUUCUGCCUGGACUGCGACUUGCAGGAUAUAGAGGAGAAGGAUGAGGUGCCUCGACUCUUCACAAUCGAUUCAGUUGGAGAUGCUGAGAAGAUGGCUGCAGGAGAGAGCUCAAGGGUGGGAGACGAGAGCGGAAGGACCGAGGGCGGGGCGUCAGAAGCAGGGAAGGAGAUGCCGGCAGCAGCAGCAGUAGAAUCUCUUCCUAGAAGCUCUACUGAGGAGGAGAUCGCAAGGCCCAGGCAGAGCAAGUGCACUUGCGGCAAGGUGAAAGUUGCUGGUCCUCCACCCGAAGGGAUUCCUGUCACCAUGGACACCACGCCAUCGCAACCGUCGGAUUCGCAACCCAAACCCACCGACGACUCCUCCGCGUCCUCCGCAAAGCCCGCCGACACCGGCGCCGGCACCUCCGGAGGCAGCGAGGAGAACUUCACAUCGGAGAAAGAGAUCAUCGCGAGAUGGAACGAGCUACGCGCGGAUAUCCAACGGCUUUAUUCCCGCAUCGCGGAGCACGAGCAGGAAUUGGCAGAGCACCGGCUAGUUUCCGCCGCGAUCGAGGGGAUGGACCCCUCCCGCCGCUGCUUCCGCGCGGUCGGCGGAGUUUUGGUCGAGCGGCGCAUCGGGGAGGUGGUUCCCGCGGUCGCGCGUAACGCGGCGGCGCUCGACGCGGUGGUUACGCGACUCGCGGAGACGCUCGCGAAGAAACGGCAGGAUCUGGCGGCGCUGGAAGCGAGGUUCAAUAUCCGCGUGCGGCCGGUCGAUGAGCUAUCGCGGGGGAGGGCCGGCGCGGAGGGGGGCGCGGGGGGAAGCGCGGGAGGCGGAGCGGGGGGAGCGGAGUCUAGCAAAGCUGCGGGAUCGUCGCAAGGAGUGCUGGUGGGGACGAGCGCUGCUCGCUAA